AUGCCUUCCGCCACUGGACAAAAUUGGGAGAAGUACCAAAAGACCUUCGCCGACGAGGAAGUAGAAGAGAAGAAGAUCACACCUCUCAGCGAUGAGGAUAUCCAAGUCCUCAAGACCUAUGGCGCCGCGCCGUACGGUGCUGCGCUAAAGAAGCUCGAGAAACAGAUCAAGGAGAAGCAACAAAGCGUCGAUGAGAAGAUUGGCGUCAAGGAAUCCGACACGGGUCUGGCACCACCACAUCUCUGGGACGUUGCUGCCGAUCGCCAACGAAUGCAGGAAGAACAGCCUUUCCAGGUCGCGCGAUGCACGAAAAUCAUCUCGGACGAAAAGGGCGAUGAGUCCAAGAGCAAAUAUGUCAUUAACGUCAAGCAAAUUGCCAAGUUUGUCGUUCAGCUGGGAGACCGAGUCAGUCCUACCGAUAUCGAGGAGGGCAUGCGAGUCGGUGUCGACCGCAACAAGUACCAGAUUAUGCUCCCCCUUCCUCCCAAGAUCGACGCCAGUGUCACUAUGAUGACUGUCGAAGAGAAACCCGACGUUACCUAUGGUGAUGUUGGUGGGUGCAAGGAGCAGGUGGAGAAGCUCAGAGAAGUUGUUGAGAUGCCGCUGCUAUCACCGGAGCGCUUCGUCAACCUUGGUAUCGACCCUCCCAAGGGAGCCCUGCUCUACGGUCCUCCCGGUACCGGAAAGACCCUCUGCGCCAGAGCCGUGGCCAACCGCACAGACGCCACCUUCAUCCGAGUCAUUGGCAGUGAGCUGGUCCAAAAGUAUGUCGGUGAAGGUGCCCGAAUGGUCCGAGAGCUCUUCGAGAUGGCCCGUACGAAGAAGGCGUGCAUCAUCUUCUUUGAUGAAAUCGACGCUGUCGGUGGCGCUCGUUUCGAUGAUGGCGCUGGCGGCGACAAUGAGGUCCAAAGAACUAUGUUGGAGCUUAUUACACAACUCGACGGUUUCGAUGCUCGUGGCAACAUCAAGGUGAUGUUUGCCACCAACAGACCUUCGACUCUCGACCCUGCGCUGAUGCGUCCUGGCCGUAUCGAUCGUAAGAUUGAGUUCUCCCUGCCUGAUCUGGAGGGUCGCGCCAACAUUCUGCGCAUUCACGCCAAGAGCAUGUCGGUCGAGAGAGACAUCCGAUGGGAGCUCAUUUCGCGUCUGUGCCCCAACGCUACCGGUGCCGAGCUUCGCAGUGUGUGCACGGAGGCUGGCAUGUUUGCCAUUCGUGCCAGAAGAAAGGUGGCCACGGAGAAGGAUUUCCUCAGCGCCGUCGACAAGGUUAUCAAGGGUAACCUCAAGUUUAACUCUACUGCUACAUACAUGCAGUACAACUAG